AUGCAGCUGCAGGCUGGGCCUCCUUUCGGACCGCCGAUCUUCGUUGCCGGCAUCCGGGCUGGAAGGGCCCAGAGACAUCCCGCCGACCUGGCCUGGGGAGCCUUUGACGGGGUUCGUGGGAAAGCGAUUGCGAGCGGAGACUACAGCAGAUACAAGCUUCGUCCGACUGUCAUCUCCGGGAAUCCUUCGCCUGGUGCGGGCCAUCCCUCCCUCUUCGUGGCGCCGCUGCUCCUGGUCACGCCAGUCUUGGCCGCGUCCCGCAUAGCCCAGCCGCUCCUCUUGCUCCUUGUCCUCCUCGCCAAUUUCCAUCGUCCGUCGUUGCCCGAGCUUGGAGUGUUUCUCUCGGAAUUCCUCGUGUUGCUGCCGCACGUGGGUCCGUUUCUUGUCGCUGAUGCGAAGCCUGCGAUGAGCGCGGCCAUAUGCCUCGUGGUCGUUGUGCGCUACCCGGUGCUGGUCCAUUUCCUCUCGUGCGAAGGGCGGCCCAGCCCCCUGUGA